CAUUUCAGCCUCAGCACCCAAGUAAAGGGAAAGAUGAGGUGAGUGAACUGUAAGAUGUGAACAGAAAUCAGUAAGUGAAAGGAAGUGGGCAAUAUGUAUUUGGCAGGGUGUGUUGGGACCUUGAUGUAUGAAUCCUGUGUGCUUUCAGGAAUUACGAAGAGUAAAAGAUUGGAAGGUAGUGUCUUCUCUAGCUGUAACUGAAAGCAAUGGGGAUUGGCUAACAAGGGAAGGGUAGCCUGAGGUUGGGUUCAAAGGUUAUAACACUUCUUUUUUUUUUUAGAGGAUAGAGUCAUAAAGCCACAGCUACUAAACUGGCAGAUAUUUCUAAACUGGGGAGAGGUAGAGUAGAAGGUACCCAAUGUUGGGGUACACAGAGCAGUUGUUCUUCAGAAAAAUGGAGGUCCUAAGGGGAGACCUAAUCAAAGCUUUAUAGGUUCAAGGGGGAAACUAGACCCCAGUGUCCGGCCUGGUCCUCUGUCCUCAGUGCUACAUGGGACAACAUCUCCCAGGUGAGCCCCCAGAAAGGCUAAGUGACAGUGACAGAAAUUACUAUCUAUCUCCAAUGCCUACGCCAGUCUAAGCAGAUGUUGCACUGUACCCAGAGGUCAAGAAGACAGGUGCAGGCCACGUGGAAAGACAGAACACUUGCAAUUCCUCUGGAUCCUUGGAAACAAUCUUAGAUGUUUGUUUUCUUACUCUCCUCCUCAUCAAACACCAGAGACUUAGUGAUAUAGUCUCAGAGGACAGUCUCAUGAGGUAAACAGGGGAUAUGAGUAUCUAUAUCUGUGCAUGAUGAUAAGAAUCCAAGGAAGGGAGGAUUUGGAUUCAAGAAGUAUUAGAUUCUCAUCAGGUAUCUUUUCUGUAUGUUGUCUCUUCACACAGUUUUUUCUUCUUUUUGAUUAAUCAUUCCAUGGAGCAUAAAGGACAGGAGUGGGAAUGAAUAUAUCCGUAUUUUUCAGACUCUAAGAUGCACUCCCCCCACACAAAUUUGGGAGGAAUAAUGCUUGUGAAUGCUGUUGUUGAGUUCUGUUUACAUUUACAUUGGUGAAAUAUUAUUUAUGUUACUAAAUAUUUUACCACAAUUUUUGCUUCAGAAUUAUUUUCCCUAUUUUCCUCCUCUAAAAUCUAAGUACAUCUCAUGGUCUGAAAAAAUAUGGUACUACAUGAGGCAAGAGCUCAAUGUCCUUUCCAGGUAAGAAAUCAACUUUGAGAAUGCCUGAGUCCUCAGUGGACAUAAAAUAAGAAGGCUAACUUAUGUUCAUGAUAAAUGUUAAAUUGUUUUUCUUUUGCAUCUAUACUCUAAAAAUUGAACCUUCCUUUACCCUAGUUUACUUAGGAGGCACAAUCCUUGAACCUUAAGAUAUAAAUUAUCAGCCAAAAAGGAGGCAAGUUGGAGGAGAAUUUUCUCACAGAAGUUCACUCCCUCUCUCCCUUUCCCUUCGCCCAUCUUGCUUUUCCCUAUAACUGUUUACAUUCAAUUCAAUGUUCUUGAAAUGACUUUCUUACUUUCAUUGUAGGUGAUGUGGAAAGAAGCAUCUUGACUGAAAAGGAUUGUUAUUCAUCAACCACAAGCUAGGUGCAUGUGAGUCCAUGGAAGUGUGCAACCUGACAAGACUCCCUGAAUUCAUCCUCUUGGGACUCUCCUCUCGCCCCGAGGACCAGAAGCCACUCUUUGCCCUCUUCCUUAUCUUGUACCUGGUCACCCUGAUGGGAAAUCUGCUCAUCAUCUUGGCUAUCUGCUCUGAUCCUCAACUCCAAAACCCCAUGUACUUCUUCCUGAGCAUCUUGUCCUUUGCAGAUAUUUGCCACACAACAGUCAUAGUCCCCAAGAUGUUAGUGAACUUCUUAUCAGAAACAAAGACCAUUUCCUAUGCUGAAUGUCUGGCACAGAUGUUUUUCUUCCUGCUCUUUGGAAACAUGGACAGUUAUCUCCUGGCAGCUAUGGCCAUUGACCGCUAUGUAGCCAUUUGUAACCCUUUGCACUAUGUCACUGUUAUGAACCACAGAUGCUGUAUGUCACUACUGGUCUUCUCCAUAGCUGUCCCCUUCCUCCACUCCCUCCUACAUGCUUUCCUGAUAAAUCGGCUCACCUUUGGUGAAUCAAAUGUUAUCCACCACUUUUUCUGUGAUGUCAACCCUGUUCUGAAGCUGGCCUGCUCUUCCACCUCUGUCAAUGAAGUUGCGGUCAUGACAGAGGGGAUGCUCUCUGUGAUGGCCCCGUUUGUGUGCAUCAUCAUUUCUUACCUAAGGAUCCUCACUGCUGUCCUCAAUAUUCCCUCGGCUGCUGGAAAAUGCAAAGCCUUCUCCACCUGCAGCUCCCACCUCACUGUGGUGACUGUGUUUUAUGGGAGCAUUAGCUAUGUCUAUUUCCAGCCGUUGUCAAGCUAUACUGUCAAAGACCGAAUAGCAACGAUCAUCUACACUGUACUGACACCCAUGUUGAACCCAUUUAUCUACAGUUUAAGAAACAAAGACAUGAAACGGGGCCUAGAGAAACUGAGAAGCAGGAUUAAGUCUGAAAUGGAUAGGCUUUCUACUACAAAAACCAACAAAAUUCAGGGACCCUAACUGCAAGGCAUGACUGUGUGUUUGCACACACACAAACACACACACCAGCACCUAAGCAAGUCUCUGGGGAGAAAUACUGUCAUCAUUGUAUCUGAACCUUGGGGGUUUCCAACCUGUGGUUUCUGCCAUGCCAUGGCAGGGAAGUUCCACUCAUGUCUUGGUACCGGUGCUCUGACUAUAGAUUUAUCCCAUAAUAUCUCUCCAUUCCAGAAAAAUCAAAUUUUUACUCCUUCCAUAUUUAUCUGGAACCUCCCAUAUUUUUAUCUAUUUAUAGAUAUUUAUAUGUGUGCAGCAAUGUUUCUGCACACCUAAUUAUAUGAUUCUAUUUGGAAUUGUUAGAAAUCUGGGUGUGUGGGUGUGUGUGACCUUCCUAUCAGUCCGUUCCCCACUCAAGCCACAACAGGACUACAGCACCUUUUUAACGACUCUCCAAACAGCUAGAUAUCCUGGGCCCUGGAGUUAUUAGAUUCCCAACAACUGAAUCCAUCACCUAGCUAAUUAUUUGUGAGCCAGCUCUAUGCCUCCACACAUGUCUUGGUCUCUACUAUUCCUCCCUUUCAUUCGACUUGGGCUACUUGCCCCUGUGCUCUUCUCUCUAAAGAAGCCUCUAUUUCCAGGUCUCUUCUUGCUGUCAUUUUUGAAAUAAUGAAAGAUUUUUCCAUGUAGCCAGAAUUGCUUCUUAAGGAGCAUAAGAAGGAGUGGGGUAAAAAAAAAAAUGGAUGUAAACUACUAGUAAGAAACUCUGUUUAGAAUGUCUGAUAUAAAAGAGGCUUCAAUUUAGUUGGAGAAUGAAUUAUAUAGUAACAUGGUCAGAUGAAUUACUUUACCUUGUGUUGUGAAGAAAAACAGCAUUUUAGUGUCAUUCUCUUUCUCUCUCCUGGUAUUUGUAUUUUAAUAGAUGGAAAUAUGUAAGUCAAACAAACUAAUCUUUCAUGAUAUUGUAGACAAGGAAUAAAUGGAUGAUCUUAAAGUUUUUUUGAACAAUUAACUACUUUAUUGUUAAAACAAUUGAGACAAACUUUUUUAUUGUUAUUCUAUUUUACCUGUGCCAAUUUUUCCUCCCUUGCCCUAAUCCGCCCGUCCCACUCUGCGCUUCCACAGUCAAUCCCCACACCAUUGUCCGUGCCCAUGGGUCAUUCGUACAUGCUCUUGGACUAGUCCCUUCCCCUUUUUUCCGCCAUUAGCCCCCUCCCUUCUCUCCUCUGGUCACUGUUAGUCUAUUCCAUGUUUCCAUGCCUGUGG